CUUCCGUUAUGUCCUCUUCUACAACCGCAAACCUACCAUCGUAAACUCUAUAAACUCGCUCCAUUUUUGCUAGAGAUAUGCCAGGCAUUAUUAAUACCGCUCUUCCAAAUCAAAAACCUGUUCAAAGAAAACUUGUUAUCAAGAAAAUAGAGAAACCAAAUUCCCUGCUGGUCUCGUUUUCGAAGCGGAGGGGCGGUCUUUUCAGGAAGGCUUGUCAACUCAGCGGUCUGUGUGGCGCUGAGGUGGCCGUCAUUGUCUUCUCUCCGUGUGGCAGGUUGUACGUCUUUGGCCAUCCAUCGGUGGAUUCUGUUCUCUCUCGCCUUGAACGCGUAAGCACUGCCUUGCAUGGCCACCAAUACAUCUCUAUGCAUGCUAGUUCUGAGGCUGAAGAUCAUGAUACAGACAGCAGUAGUAUAAUCGAGUCCAAUUCAAAAGAAUCUUGUAUGGUGUCCAAAACGAGCAUAGAUCUUGAAAAUCUUGGCUUAGAUCUUGAAAAAGACACAGAGGAGACGGAGGAGGACGAGGCGAGCAAAUUUUGGUGGGAUCAGCCAAUCGAGAAUGUGAAGAAGUUGGAUGAACUGAAGCAGUUCAAGAGUUCAUUAGAAAAAUUGAAGGCUAAAGUAAUUACGCAAUUGGAUGAGAUGGAAAUGCGUAAAUUGGUUGUGAGGCAUUAUUUGAUGUGAGACCAUGCGUUGUGAUGCAUUACUUAUGUUAUUUUGUUACAAUUGUUAUCGAGUUCUACAUUUUUUUUUUCAAGAAGGAAAAUGAGAGCUUUCAUUGACUAGGGUUACCUUUUGUACAAGUCUCGUUAUUAAACGU